AUGCUACUCAUUUUAAGCCAAUCCGAUAGAUUCGUUACGAGUGCUGUUGGGCCGCCAGAUGCAACAACUUCAGAAGCACUUCCGGUACGCAACGACACUUGCUCCGGUAUACCGCUUAGGACAACUGGCAGGGAGGCACGACGAGCCGCUCGUGAUGAUGUUACGCCGUAUCUGUUAAAUGCUAACGAUGUCGCUGUUGCUGCAGAUGGUGUUGACUGACGACUCCGAUUUCUUAAGAAGGGUUUGCAAAUGGAAAACAGAUUCUCGAAAUGGGCCGCAUGUGUAAAAAAGGAGAAUACCCGA